AUGGGCAGCGCAGACGAAGAAGUGAUCGAAAUGCCUUCCGUCGACAACGACGGCAGCAAGGCAAAGGGAUCAAACUGGAAGGACAAGAAGUCAAACAGCCGCAGCGCCCUCGUCAAGUACACGGACGAUGCCGAUGAAGAGGAGCGUGGGUGGCUUCAAGCCCACCCGAUCCUCUCAGCCCUGUUUGUGAUGCUUGUCGUCGCUGGCGCCGUCGCUGUGGCCUUUGGCGUCACAUACGGAAGGGACGAUGGCAGUGCCUCUGCUGCUUCCAUGUUCUACCAGUCUGCUGAGACAUGUGCAUCCCAGUACAUGAACAGCGGUGACUUCACGGCGUGCGUGCUUUCCCUUGGCCACACCGACGCGAGUGAGGAAGCCACUCUUGCAUCCUGCAUCUCAGGGUGCCAAUCAAGCAACUCAACCUGCCGGUGA